AAAGCUUAUCGGCUCCGACUCCACUUUAUUAGGGCUUCCUUCCAUCGAGCCCCUUUUCCCGUCUCCUUGCGCGAUCACCGCCUCGUAGCUGCGACCUCUCUUGCAUCGCCUCCUCACCGUGUCGACGGGAGAAACCGCGUCCUCCCGUGGCCUCAUCUCCGACGCCGUCGCCGUACUGCUCCACAGCCCGGGGCUCCUCUGGACCUCCUCCUCUGUCGGACUUCCAUCUUCUCCUAUUUCCUCGACGUCGUGUCCUGGGUCGCUUCUCGUUGUCCUCAUCCGUCCUGGAGCGGAAUCCCCAUGUGCUCGCCGCUGAUCUUUGAAAAGCAAGCGCGCUGGACGAGAAAGGCCUAAGCUAGCUCUACCCACUUGUUUGAUGAAAUGCCUUCUUCGCCAUGCACGUUCUGAUUCGUUGAGGAAGAUGGCUUCCAUAUAUUUUCCGCUUUGAUAGGAUGGAUCCUGAAGGGAAGAAGUUUGGAAGAGGUCCUAGGGAGCUUACUGGUGCUGUUGAUUUAAUAAACCACUACAAGCUGUUGACACAUCAUGACUUUUUUUGCAAAAGAAAUUUGCCCUUGUCAAUCUUGGAUACACAUUAUCUUCACAAUGUUGUUGGAGAGACGGAAAUACGGAAAGGAGAAGGGAUGGAGCUGGAUCAACUCUUUCACAAUGCUCCAUACUUGAGAGAAUCGACAGCACACAUACAACCAUUUGAUUUGGAGCUCCUAGGGCAAGCUUUUCUGCUGCGAGAUACAGCACCUAUUGAUUUGCCUUCUGCAGCAAAAGGAACACCUACAAUUUCUUCAAAAUCAAAAGGAGAUUCGAAAGACAAGGAUAGGAAGCACAAGAAGCACAAAGACAAAGAUAAGAACAAGGACAAGGACAAGGACAAGGAGCAUAAGAAGCACAAACAUCGUCGCAAAGAUCGAAGCAAGGAUAAAGACAAAGAUAAAGAAAAAAAGAAGGAUAAAGGUGGACAUCACGAUUCAGGAGGUGACCACCUGAAACAUCACGAGAAAAGGAAGCAUGAGGGAAACGAAGAUUCCACAGACACUCACAAGCACAAGAAAAGUAAGCAUAAGAACUCUGAGGUCGUUGCAGUGGGUGGAAAAAUUUUGCCAGCUGAUAAAGGCCGAUAAAAAUUAUUUCUUUCUUUGUCGUACCAUCAAGCAUUCUUCUAGUGAAGGUUUCUUUAAAGACCAUGUUUUGGAAUCAAAAUCUUGUGAGAUUAUCUUCCUACGUUGACCCCUUUGUGGCAAGUUGUAAGAUACACGAGGCCGUCCUUCCUAGAUUGGUCUUCAUUCUUUAUAUCUAACCAUUCUCUUUAGAUUAUUGAAACAUGUAACCUUAUAUAUAUAUAUAUGGUGCCGGGGGCAUCUACAGGACAUAUAAAGUGGUGCUUCUCUGUUCUUGUGCUCCUUUGGGUGCGUCACAUGUAUUGUAAUUUGAUGUUCA